AUGGAACCCAUCAUUAGCCUCCGAUUUUGUGUUUGUUUAGUUCGGGAGCGUGGGCGAGUGCAUUUGGGAUUUCCUCACGCGCGGAUUAGGGGUGCAUGCUUUCCUUCCAAUUGGAAAGUACCAUUCGGCAUUAUUCAUGGCCUAGACCAAUGCGUCGUCGUUGGUGAAAACCUCCACUUUUUCUUUGUGGAGUUGAAUCAUGACACAUGUCAGGACUUAUUAGUAUCACCAGCACAAAUUCGAUCCGUCGGUGAUAAAACAAACGAGUGA